AUGAGGGAGGUUGUGAUUGUUGCAAUUGCUGCUACACUUGGGAAUCUACUGGUUGGAUGGGAUAGUUCAACCAUUGCAGGGGGCAUGACUUACAUAAAAAAAGAAUUCAAAUUGGAAUCUGAUCCCACACUUGAGGGGCUAAUUGUGUCCAUGUCGUUUCUCACUGGCACUGUUGUCACAAUAUUCUCUGGGACAGUUUCUGAUAUGAUUGGAAGGCGUCCUAUGUUGAUAACAUCAUCAGUUAUGUUUUUCUUCAGUGGUUUGGUCAUGUUGUGGGCUCCUAAUGUCCUUGUUGUUCUGUUAUCAAGGCUAUUGGAUGGGGUUGCUAUUGCACUCUCCAUGACUCUUACUCCUCUCUAUAUAUCCGAGAUAGCACCACCUGACAUCAGAGGCCUACUCAACACUCUCCCACAGUUUUCGUGCUCUGGAGGCAUGUUUGUGGCAUACAUCUUGGUGUUCUGCAUGUCCUUGAUGGACUCGCCAAGUUGGAGAGCAAUGUUUGGUGUUGUUUCCAUUCCUUCUGUUGCUUAUUUCUUUCUUGCAGUUUUUUACCUCCCUGAAUCCCCACCAUGGCUUGUAAGUAAAGGUAGAAUUCCUGAGGCUAAGAAAGUUCUUCAAAGAAUUCGCGGCGUUGAAGAUGUUUCAGCUGAAUUGGCUUUGCUGGGUGAGGGUCUGAAUCCUGGGGGUGAAGGUACCACCAUAGAAGAGUACAUCGUUUCCCCUGCCAGUGACCUCAUUGCAAACAAGGAAGCAGGAAGGGAUUGCAUAAAGCUAUAUGGACCCAAACAAGGAGUUUCAAUGAUUGCUCAACCAGUGAAUGGACAAGGUAGCAUGAUAUCUCGCAGCACGUUAACAUUGUCACGCCAAGGAAGCAUUGUUACUCAACCUGCAGCUCUUAAGGACCCUCUUGUCAAUCUCUUUGGGAGUAUGCAUGAGAAUAUUCCCACUGAGUCUGUAGGUUCAAGAGGUAUGCUAAUUCCCAAAGUGUGGAGUGUCUCUAGUAUGGCAGAUCAUGAUCAGAGCCCCUUUGGUACCAGUGAUAACCUGCAUGCUCCACUACUUUCAAGUCAAGGUAGUGUUAUUGAGAAGGACAAGGCUUUUGGAUCCAAUAGUGGCAUGAGAAGUAAUAACAACUUGAUUUCGUGUAAUAGUGGUGAAGUACCUAAGAAUACAAACAUAGGUGGAGGUUGGCAAUUGGUUUAUAAAUCAGCUGAAGGAACUGGCGGUGGGAAAAAAGAAGGAGGAGGACUGCAAAGGGUUUAUCUGAAAGCAGAUCCUAAUGCAGUUUCUAGGCAAGGUUCAUUUGUUUCCUCUUCUGGUUGUGACUUACAUGCAGGUGGUGGUGAAGCUUUUCCAGCAGCUGCACUUGUAAGUCGUUCAGUUCUUGGUGUUAAGGAUAUGAAGAUUAAACCAGAAGUUUCUCCAAAACGUACUGGCUGGGGAAGUUUGUUAGAGCCAGGAGUAAAGCGUGCACUAUUUGUUGGAAUUGGACUCCAAGUUCUUCAGCAGGCUGCUGGCAUAAAUGGAUUUCUAUACUAUGCUCCCCAGAUUCUUGAGCAGGCAGGAGUUGGGGCUCUUCUGUCAAAUUUGGGCAUUAGUGCAACAUCUGGUUCGUUACUCGUAAAUGUCUUUACAACAUUCUCUAUGCUUCCUUGUAUAGCUAUUUCCAUGAGGCUCAUGGAUAUUUCUGGCAGGAGGUCAAUAAUGUUGUACACCAUACCCAUUCUGAUAGUGUCUCUCAUGGUUCUAGUACUCCGGGAAUCAUUUCACAUCAGUUCUACUCUCAAUGCAGCAAUAACUGCUAUAUGUGUUGUGGUAUACGAAAGUGUCUUCUGCAUGGGUUUUGGUGUAAUUCCCAACAUCUUAUGUUCAGAAAUCUUCCCAACUAGUGUUCGUGGAAUAUGUAUUUCUAUUUGUUCCCUUACAUAUUGGAUGUGUACCUUGAUUGUUACUUCUCAAUUUCCCUUCUUGCUCCAACUCCUCGGUCUUACAGGGGUCUUUGGGUUAUUUGUUGUUGGGUGCAUCAUUUCAUGGAUAUUUGUCUACUUGAAAGUUCCUGAAACAAAGGGCAUGCCUUUAGAAGUCAUUAUUGAGUUCUUCGCUAUUGGUUCAAAGCCUGAAUGA